AUGGGCAUAUCAGUGGUAGCCAGUUCAUCCAAGCUUCGUAUUUAUAAUUUCUACAUCCCCCCUCGCUCGAGCUGUCCCCCUGGUUACUCUGCGUCCCUUGCCGAACUACUUGAACCUGGGGACGCCUUAGUACUCGGGGAUGCCAACGCACAUUCACAACUAUGGAACUCCAACAUCGAGGAAGAUCAACGCGGCUCUAUGGAAUAUGGUAUCGGGGUACUAUUCUUUGUAUAUUGCUUUCAAUUAACCGGUGGAUUCAGGUAUGAAUCACUGAGGUACUCCAAAAAUGCCUUGAAUGGACUCAACUUGGACCAGCAUGUGAGGCUUCGCAGAGCAGCUACAGAUAACAGAUACUCAAAACCUCCUCCAUCCAAUCCAGUGCAGCUGAGCUUUGAAGCGUUAAAUAGAACUUUCAAUCUACAGUUGUUUGAAAACAGUCGACAUAUUUUCUCGGAUCAGUUCUACAUUCAGUUUCCAGAUGGAUGUAAGACCUUAUCCCAAGUUCUAGUGCAUUCCCAGGAAACAGGCGGAAAGAAAGUGACCAUUUUAAAAGGUCAUCUGGCCGACAAAGGGAGGAAUUCUCUGGUGUACGGUUAUGCAGCCGACGGAGUGUUUUUCGGCCGUAUUAAAGACUUAGCUGACGGAAGUUCUUUCUAUGUCGACUCGGUCGAAUCAUUCAGUCGCAAUAAUUUCAACAAUAGUAACGACUCAAUCGCAACAGACCACGAUGUGCAUUCAGUUAUAUACGAUGAAUUGUCGUUGCCUAUCAAUGGUCGUCCCUUCCAUCAUUCGUCAGAGGGAGAGAACUCCGCUAAUUCUUCAGAAGAAGCAUCCGAAGACGAGAGCGACUCCUCGGUCGUGACAGGCUGUGCGUACCAUGGUGCUACUCGGGAUCACAUGGAACAGAUGCAAAUGCACACACAAACCACUAAGUGGGACAAAAAUAAAUUCAGUAGCGAUGCAAUCAGAGACAGUAUUCAGGACAGAAUCAGAAGAUCAUCAUCUUCAAAUCAGUCCGCGCCAAAUACCGUGUACAAAAAGAACACAUGUCUACUCUCUAUCACAAGUGACCAUCUAUUCACUGCACAGUACAAUGACGUGAGUGUGGUGACUGCAGAAGUGGCCAAUUUUGUGGCGGAACUCAACAGCAUCUUCGAGCAGUUGGAGUUUGCGGAUGGAACCAAAGGAUAUGGAUUCGCAAUAGCAAAAAUCAUAAUCGAAGACGAAAGUUCCUUACAGCGUGACGACUACAAGUACAAAGACCCCUACAUUGGAGUGGAGAAGUUGCUGGACUUAGUGUCGACUGAGGAUCACUCCGAGUACUGUCUGGCAUAUCUGUUCACUGCUCGCGACUUCAUGAAGGGAGUGUUGGGACUGGCGUGGGUGGCAGCGGACUCUGCAAGUGGGGGCAUCUGCGAGGGCUACAAGAUGCACCAGAAUGGCCAGAUGAAGAGUCUGAACACAGGGGUGAUCACGACAGUGAAUUACGGAGUGCCAGUGGCCGCCAGAGUGUCCCACCUGACAUUCACUCACGAGGUCGGCCAUAACUGGGGCUCACCACACGACUUCCCGAGCACGUGUAAACCGGGGGGACAGCAGGGCAACUACAUAAUGUUCUCCUCUGCCACGGCCGCAGACAAGCCCAACAACAACCGCUUCUCAGAAUGCUCAGUGGCGAAUAUGUCUCACAUAUUAGUGCAGCGCCGCGACGAAUGCUUCAAAGAAGCUGGUCGUGCAAUCUGUGGCAACAUGGUGCUGGAUGAGGACGAGGAGUGUGACUGUGGCUACGAGGCAAACUGUCUCAACAGUGGAGACCAGUGCUGCUGGCCAGCCGACACAGAAUCCUCCUCGCAGGGACAGCCCUGCACCCUCAAAGCAGGACUACGCUGCUCCCCCACUCAGGGACCCUGUUGCACCACGGAGUGCCAGCUGGUGCCGCAGUCGCAACAAAAGCUGUGCCAGGAGGCGACCGAGUGCAUAGAGGCCAGCUACUGUGAUGGAAACAGCUACUUGUGUGAACCAGUGAAGAAACCAGAUCUCACUGAUUGCAAUGCUGCUUCACAGGUGUGCGUGGACGGAGUGUGUUCUGGAUCUGUGUGUCUCAAACAUGGCAUGGAAGACUGUCUGUGUGAAGACGAGGAACACCUGUGCGACCUCUGUUGUCAGCAGACCAAUAAACCCAACACCUGUCAGAGCUCCAGCCACUUCGAACAGUUUGCUUUCAACAAGAAAAUGAGACAUGUCGGCUCCCCUUGCAAUGACUUCAACGGUUAUUGUGAUGCUUUCAACCGAUGCAUGGCUAUUGAUGCAAAUGGACCUCUGUCCAGACUGCGUGAUGCCAUAUUCAAUCCAGACAUCUACAAAGGCAUUUUCGAGUGGGCCAAGGCUCACUGGUGGCUGACUGUCAUUAUCUGCGUGUCUUCUUCAAUUCUGUUCAUUCUUUUCGUCAAAAUAUUCAGUGUGCACACUCCGAGUAGCAAUCCGCACUUGCCCAAAAACAGACAGAUCAGAGAGACGGUAUCCACCCUGCCCAGGACCAUCAGACGCUCCACCUCCUCUGCUAUGGCAGCGGGAGGCGCAGGGGCCAGUCGGCGCAGACAUGCACGACAACAAUAUCAAAGUGGUCGACCUUACUCAGUGUCGGGACCAGCACCAGCCAAUGGACCUUUGGAUCUGGAGCCACCCAGAAACAACCCCAGAGGACCACCUUCACGAGACUCAAGUAAAAAUGGCGCCCCACCCAAACGGCGCAGUAAAAACAGACGGAGCAGCAAUGGCUCCAGACAACCCCCCGCCCACCGCGAUCCAAACUACCCGCCUCCUUUUUCGGGGCGAUCGCCACCUCCCCUUCACAGUCACUAUUCUCAGCCACAUCCGCCAGAUUUAAACCACGCUAAUGAAUUCGAAUUGAGAGAAGUCCUAGCACCGCCCCCAUAUUCGGCCUAGUAGCAAAGCAGUGAACGUUUUUACUACCAGUAGCACAAAUUAAACUCUUCUCCAUGAUCACUAAUUGUUUUCCAUUGUAAAUAAAAGUUGUGAAUUGAAGCCACAACUGAAAUGUUAUUGCAUUUAACUAAUCUGGGUAUCCUUGAAGGGAACAUUGGGGUGGCUUCAUUUCUACCAAAUAAAGAUAUCUAGUAUGACUAAUCAAAAUUAUUGUGCAGUUAAACCAUCCUGGUCAAAUUUGAUAUAAAAUUAGUUGAAUCCUUCAGAUAAGCGUUUAAAUUGUGCUUUCCAAUAUCAACGUAAGCUCUUCAAUUUGAAUAUUGUUUAGAUACUAUGAGACAUUCUGUCUAUUUCUUGAAACUUGUAGUUAGAUUUCGAAAUAUGUAAUAAAGCUUCCUCAUUUGCCUUUU